AUUUGCAUAUUUCAAAAAAUGUUGACCAAAAUGUCUCUCCCUAUCCCGCCGAAAUUUCUUCCACCGCUAAAAUCUCCACCGAUUCAUCAUCACCAAACUCCGCCACCGCUUGCACCUCCACGAGCCGCAAUAUCAAUAUCUAUACCAGACACCGGUUUAGGACGUACCGGUACCAUCCUCGACGAGUCCACGUCUUCAGCUUUCCGUGAUUACCAAUCUUUAUUCGUGUCACAACGUUCCGAGACUAUCGAACCGGUCGUAAUUAAACCAAUCGAAGGUUCAAUACCGGUUAACUUCCCUUCCGGUACAUACUACUUAGCCGGUCCAGGACUAUUUACUGACGACCAUGGCUCAACGGUUCAUCCUUUAGACGGUCACGGUUAUCUCCGUGCGUUUCACAUCGACGGUAACAAACGGAAAGCCACUUUCACGGCGAAGUACGUUAAAACGGAAGCUAAAAAAGAAGAGCACGAUCCUGUAACUGACACGUGGCGGUUCACUCAUAGAGGUCCUUUCUCGGUGUUGAAAGGAGGGAAGAGAUUUGGAAACACGAAAGUGAUGAAAAACGUGGCUAAUACUAGCGUUUUGAAAUGGGCUGGGCGAUUGCUUUGUUUAUGGGAAGGUGGUGAACCGUACGAGAUUGAAUCUGGAUCGUUGGAUACCGUCGGAAGAUUUAACGUCGAGAACAACGGUUGUGAAUCUUGUGAUGAUGAUGAUUCUUCCGACAGAGAUUUAUCUGGUCAUGAUAUAUGGGACACAGCCGCAGAUUUGUUGAAACCCAUACUUCAAGGUGUAUUUAAGAUGCCACCGAAACGGUUCUUGUCACAUUACAAAGUCGACGGUCGAAGAAAAAGACUUUUAACGGUCACUUGCAACGCUGAAGAUAUGCUUUUACCUCGAAGCAACUUCACAUUUUGUGAGUAUGAUUCGGAAUUCAAGUUGAUACAAACGAAAGAAUUCAAGAUCGAUGAUCAUAUGAUGAUUCAUGAUUGGGCAUUCACGGAUACUCACUACAUACUCUUUGCCAACCGAGUCAAGCUUAAUCCAAUAGGUUCCAUAGCGGCUAUGUGCGGAAUGUCACCAAUGGUAUCAGCGUUAUCGUUAAACCCAAGCAACGAGAGUUCUCCGAUUUAUAUUCUCCCUAGGUUUUCUGAUAAAUAUUCUAGGGGAGGUCGAGACUGGAGAGUUCCUGUCGAAGUGUCUUCUCAAUUAUGGCUAAUACACUCCGGAAACGCUUAUGAGACUAGAGAGGAUAACGGCGAUUUAAAGAUUCAGAUACAAGCUUCCGCUUGUUCUUACCGAUGGUUCGAUUUCCAGAAAAUGUUUGGCUAUGAUUGGCAAAGCAACAAGCUGGAUCCUUCUGUUAUGAAUCUAAACCGUGGCGACGACAAACUACUCCCUCAUCUAGUUAAGGUGUCUAUGACUUUGGACUCUACCGGAAACUGCAAUAGUUGUGAUGUAGAGCCUCUAAACGGGUGGAACAAGCCGUCAGAUUUUCCGGUUAUAAACUCAUCCUGGUCCGGAAAAAAGAACAAGUACAUGUACUCUGCUGCCUCGUCGGGAACUCGAAGUGAACUUCCCCAUUUUCCAUUCGACAUGGUCGUGAAAUUUGACUUAGACUCAAACCUCGUCCGUACUUGGUCUACCGGAGCUAGAAGAUUCGUUGGUGAGCCCAUGUUUGUCCCAAAAAACUCUGUUGAAGAAGGAGAAGAAGAGGACGAUGGUUACAUUGUCGUGGUCGAGUAUGCGGUUUCGGUGGAGAGAUGUUACCUAGUGAUUUUGGAUGCUAAGAAGAUCGGUGAAUCCGAUGCGGUCGUGUCGAGGUUAGAGGUUCCGAGGAAUUUGACGUUUCCGAUGGGUUUUCAUGGUUUAUGGGCUAGCGACUGAAUUUUGUUGAUAAUUAUUUUAUCUGAUUAUUAUUUGUACAUAAUGUAAUUUUAUGGGCUAGCAAUUUUAUGAUAUUUUUUUCUGUUAGAAAUUUUGUAAGGAAAAGGUGUUACAGAAG